AUGGAAACUGUCGUCCAACAGACCGAUUACGAUGCUCUAUCGUGCAGGAUGUCCGCUAUUGCGAAGGGCUAUUUGCCCUCACCGUCGUUACAGGUAGACCGGUGCAAUUACCACCAGUAUAAAGAGUUUCAUAUGGAGUACUUGAGAGCUUUGAAAAGUGUUAGCAUGCGGAUCUAUUCUAUAGUUAAUAGAGUUGUUAAGACCUCAUUCCCAGUAAUGAAUUAUGGGACGUACCUUAGGACUGUAUCCAUUGAUGUGGCUCUCAAUGACUAUUUGACUAGUCUUGGUAAGGACAAGAAAGUACAAGUGAUUAACUUGGGUUGCGGUUCAGAUCUGAGAAUGAUACCGUUGCUUCAAAAUUUCCCCACGUUGACUUAUAUCGAUGUUGAUUAUGACAGUUCUAUUAGUGUCAAGAGUAAAGUACUUUGGAACAGUGAAGCCUUAAAGAACCUUCUUGACUUGCAACGUGAUGAAAGCACCGGAGAAGUGUUUGCAGAGAGAUACAAACUAGCUUCGAGCGACCUGAAUCGUCUAGAGGAGACUAUGCAGCGAUUGCAUGACUUAACUGAGAAGGAUUGUACAACAAUUAUCAUAACGGAAUGUCUUCUCUGUUAUAUGAGGCAGGAAGAAUCUCAAAAGCUCAUAGGGAGCAUAGUGAGUUAUUACCAGUCAGGUACGUGGAUAGCAUAUGAUCCUAUUGGCGGUUCUGAGCCCAACGACCGAUUUGGUCGUGUUAUGCAAGCAAAUUUACGAGAAUCAAGAAAUUUGGAAAUGCCCACUUUAAUGAUAUACAACUCUAAGGAAAAAUAUGCCUCUAGAUUUCCAACCACAGAUGCCUCUGUCACUGACAUGUGGGAAAUUUUCUCGAAUCGCAUCUCUGCUGAUGAGAACAAGAGGCUCAGAUCCCUACAGUUCCUCGAUGAAAUCGAAGAAUUGAAAGUCAUGCAGAAGCACUAUGUCUUAUCGACCGCUUCAUGGCAAAAAUAG